GUUAGGCAUGAUGUGAUGUUUUUGGCCAUUUUUACAACUAAUUUCAGCGAUGAUAACAAACAAAACCUUUUGAAAGAACUGAACAAUUUCCAGCCUGGGAACUCAGAAGUCAACCCUCUCAGAAUUCUUCUGUAUGGACCAGUCGGAGCUGGAAAGUCAAGUUUCAUUAACUCUGUGGAUAGUGCUCUUCAGGGUCGCAUAAAAAACAGAGCCCUGGUAGAUUCAGUGAGUGGGAAAAGUUUCACUCUGGAGACCAAAGAAUAUGAACUAAAAAUGGAAGAGACUACACUUUCACAUUUACCUUUCACAUUGAUUGACACCAAGGGUAUUGAAGAAGAACCUGGAAAUGGGAUGAAGAUUGAUGACAUCAUCAGAACGGGUCACAUCAAAAAUAAACCAAACAUUCCUAAAAAUGAAAAGAACAAAACUCCUCUGCAAGACCAGAUUCACUGUCUGGUGGCUGUUCUUCCAGCAAACACUAUUUCCUUCAUGGUAGAUGAUGUCAUCAGACAAAUGAGAGAAGUUCGUCUGAUAGCACGAGACCUGGACAUUCCUCAAGUCAUAAUCAUGACUAAGGUGGAUGAAGCAUGUCCGCACGUGAAAUCCAACAUUAGAAAUGUCAUUGACAGCAAAAAAAUUGAAGAACAGGCGGAGCAGUGUUUAUCUAAACUGGGAGUUCCUAUGAGCUACAUCUACCCUAUAAAGAACUACCAUAAGGAACAAAUCAACAAUACAGAGAUGGAUAUUCUGAUUUUACAAGCAAUGCUAAAUAUUGUUAACUUCGCCAAUGACUAUGUGAAGGACCAGAUGGACAAGAAAUAACUGCACUUUAAAUCUGAUCCAAAAAGACUGCGGUCCAAAUGUUUUCUGAUUUGAAAAAAAAUUGGAGAAUGUAUAUAAAUUAGCCUUAUUUGUA